CGCUCUCUCUCUCUCUCUUCCUCUCAUACGGACACCACUCUCUCCCUCUCAGACGCCCCUUCUCUCCCUCUCUGAGCAUUCCCAAUCUCUGGUUUGGGUCCUGCGGAAAUCAACGGCGUUUGGGUAGUUUCGGUCCGGCGGAACUCACCGGCGUUUGGGUGGUUUCGGUCAGGUGGAACUCACCUUUUUCUAGAGCCGACUGUGACGGCUUCAUCACUGUAAGGGCCCUUCGAAAUCAAGCUUCCUGGAAAUGCACAUUGAUGGCAGUAACACCAGAAAUGAACAUGAACAUCAAACUGUAAAGGAAUAUGACUAAUGGUUUUGACAUCUGUUGAUUGUCGGUUUUUUGAGGGGGCUGAUCACGAAAUGUCCACUUCUGAAGAAAAAAAAAUGUUUGCACGGAUUAAGGACAUAGAACAAGUAACGCGGGCUGAAAUUGCUAGUUUGGAAACGGAACUAACAAAAUACAAGGAGAAGGUGGAGAACCACUUUUUGGGAGCUGAAAUGGCUAGAUUGGAAAUGGAACUAACAAAAUACAAAGAGAAGGUGGAUUCAGAUAUGUUGAUGAUUUUACUAUAUCAUGGGGGUUCUCUGCUUGGACCACAUAUGGCCUAUAUUGGGGGGAAGGUCCACAACAUGGGAGAUGUUGAUCCGGACCAUUUGACCCUAAUUGAUAUUGUUAGUGCUCUUACAAAAUUGGGGUGUAAAGACACCAGUAACUUGUACUGCAAGCUUGAUGAGGAGGACAUUUGUAGGUUGAGCAAGGAUGCAGAUAUCAAAAAAAUGCUUGGAAAGAUCAUGAAGGAGCCAAAAAAUGUGUUGCAUGUUUAUGCGGAACAUGGGGUGGAUGAACAAUAUAAACUCACCAAGGAAUAUGUAGAGGCAAUAUUGAAAUGGAAUCCUGGUAGCUCUGCAUUUCUGAAGAAGGAGGGAAGUUUCUUUCAACGCAUGUAUGUAUGUUUGGAUGCUUGUAAGAAGGGGCUCCUAGCUGGAUGUAGGCCCAUCAUCUCUGUGGGUGCAUGCUUUUUAAAGGGGGCUUGCGGAGACAUUUGAUUCAUUGAUGCCGGGUGUUGAGCAUAGAUUCUGUGUGAGAUACUUGCAUGCGAAUUUCAAGGGUCAAGGAUACAAGAGUAAAGCGUUCAAGGAUGCAUUGUGGGCUGCAGCUCAAGCAACAGAUGCGCCGCAAUUUCAGCACCACAUGGGUGUGAUAAAGUCCAUGAACAGCAAGGCAUUUGAUUAUUUGGAUAAAAUCGACCCAAGGAUGUGGUCAAGACAUGCAUUUAGCACCAAUAGCAAAAGUAACAUGUUGUUGAACAACCUUCCCAUGCCAUUUAAUGCAUGGGUGAAGGAAGCAAGGGAAAAGCCCAUACUAACUAUGAUGGAGACCAUAAGGAGACACUUGAUGACGCGCUUUCAAGCAAAGAGAGAUGGAGCUCGAAUGGCCAACUUUGUCAUUUGUCCUAAAAUUGUGAAAAAAUUGGAGAGAUCAAAAGCAGAUGCCAGAAAUCAUAUAGCUCCAUGCAGGAACAAACUCGAGUUUGAAAUUGACCAUAGCCACGAUCGAAUAAUUUUAUUCAACUUUGGUACAUGUUAUUGUGGUAGAUGGCAUCCAAGAAGGAUAGUCAACUUGAGCACAAGGACAUGUAGUUGUGGUAGUUGGCAAUUGAAUGGGAUUCCAUGUGCUCAUGCUUGUUGUGCUAUCUAUGCAAACAAGGAGUUGCCCGAAGAUUAUGUGCACGAGUGGUACCAAAUGGAGACUUAUAUUAAGGCAUAUUCCCCUGAAAUUCAUGCAAUGCCUGGACCUCAAGAGUGUCCCAACUUGAGAAACAAUACUAUCCUUUCUCCUCUACUAACGAAUCAGCAUGAUAGGCCUAGAAAGUUAAGAAGAAGAGCACCAGAAGAAAAUGAGCCUAACCCUAACAAGGAUAGUGUUGACAGAAAGGCCACAAUGCUAGACGAUGCUCACAAUCAGAAAAUCCAAAUAAGAAGUGGCCAAUCACAAUCAGAUGUUGGUUAAACCAAGCUUAUGUUUUUAAUGUGUUUUUGUUUUAUGUGAUGUUUUUAUGUUUCUUUAGAGAUUCUCGUAUUGUGCAUUUAAUGUGUUUCUUGUUAUUAUGAUGGUGCAAAAUGGAUGCUUAGUGCCAGCAUCAAUAUCAUCACUAAUCUAGUUGUAUGUGGAUAUGGUUUUUGUAAUGCACAGUAACUGAUAGCUAAUCUUCUAUUUGGUGUGUGUAUUGGACUUUGAGUUAGAUGUACAGAUAUGGCUUGGACUUU